CAGCUUUGCAGGAGAGAGGGAGGGAAGGAAGGAAGGAGAGAGGGACAGAGAGGGACACACCACUCACCUUGCCUCAUUCCUGGGAAGCAGUUGGAGUGGCUGCAGUUCUGGUGCAAGGAGUGAGUGAGAGAGGGAGCCGGAGCAGGGCACAUGGCGCGGAGUGCACGAUCCAAGCAUUUUUCCGCCUGGAAAAGGUCCUUGCAGCCUUUGCCUCCCCUUGGAAAGAGUUCGGAGGACGCCUGUGACGAUGUUACAGUAUUCCAGGUCCAGCAACAACAACAACAGCCGCAGCAACAGCAGCAGCAACAGACCUCCAACAAGCGCCCCAGCAACAGCACUCCUCCACCCACACAGCUGAAUAAGAUCAAAUAUUCAGGAGGACCCCAGAUUGUAAAGAAGGAGCGACGGCAGAGCUCCUCUCGCUUCAACUUGAGCAAAAACCGGGAGCUUCAAAAGCUCCCUGCCCUUAAAGAUGCGCCUCCUCAUGAACGGGAAGAGCUCUUCAUCCAGAAGUUACGACAAUGCUGCGUCCUCUUUGACUUUGUCUCUGACCCGCUCAGUGACCUGAAGUUCAAAGAGGUGAAACGAGCAGGUCUCAAUGAGAUGGUGGAGUACAUCACACAUAACCGGGAUGUCGUCACAGAGGCCAUUUAUCCUGAAGCUGUUAUCAUGUUUUCAGUGAAUCUCUUUCGGACACUUCCCCCAUCAUCCAAUCCAACAGGAGCAGAGUUUGACCCUGAGGAAGAUGAACCUACGCUAGAAGCUGCUUGGCCACAUCUCCAGCUAGUGUAUGAAUUUUUUCUGCGAUUUCUGGAGUCGCCAGACUUCCAACCAAACAUAGCCAAGAAAUAUAUUGACCAGAAAUUUGUACUGUCACUGCUGGACCUGUUUGACAGUGAAGAUCCCAGAGAGCGAGACUUUCUGAAGACCAUUUUGCAUAGGAUUUAUGGAAAGUUUUUGGGCCUCCGAGCAUAUAUAAGGCGGCAGAUCAACAACAUAUUUUACAGGUUUAUCUAUGAGACAGAGCACCAUAAUGGAAUUGCAGAACUGCUAGAGAUUUUAGGGAGUAUAAUCAAUGGGUUUGCUUUGCCCCUGAAGGAGGAGCAUAAGAUGUUCCUCAUCCGAGUCUUGCUACCACUGCACAAGGUGAAAUCCCUGAGCGUCUACCAUCCACAGCUGGCAUAUUGUGUUGUGCAGUUCCUGGAGAAAGAUAGCAGCUUGACUGAGCCGGUGAUUAUGGGAUUGCUGAAGUUUUGGCCCAAAACGCACAGUCCCAAGGAAGUUAUGUUCCUCAAUGAGCUGGAGGAAAUAUUGGAUGUCAUUGAGCCCUCUGAGUUUGUGAAGGUGAUGGAACCUCUCUUCAGGCAGCUGGCCAAGUGUGUCUCCAGCCCGCACUUCCAGGUGGCAGAGAGGGCAUUGUAUUAUUGGAACAAUGAAUACAUCAUGAGCUUGAUCAGUGACAAUGCAGCCAAAAUUCUCCCCAUCAUGUUCCCAGCACUCUACAAGAAUUCUAAGAGUCAUUGGAACAAGACAAUCCAUGGAUUGAUUUACAAUGCAUUGAAGCUAUUCAUGGAGAUGAAUCAAAAGCUGUUUGAUGACUGCACCCAGCAAUACAAGGCAGAGAAGCAGAAAGGGCGCUUUAGGUUGAAGGAGCGAGAAGAGAUGUGGCACAAGAUUGAAGAGCUUGCCCGCCAAAAUCCUCAGUACCCCAUGUAUUGCGCACCCCCACCUUUGCCUCCUGUUUAUUGCAUGGAGACGGAGACCCCCACUGCAGAGGACAUACAGCUACUGAAGAAAACGAUGGAAACGGAGGCUGUGCAGAUGCUGAAAGACAUGAAGAAGGAGAAGGUUUUGCUGCGUCGGAAAUCGGAGCUUCCUCAAGAUGUCUACACCAUAAAGGCCCUGGAAGCACACAAGAGAGCAGAAGAAUUUCUCACCUCAAGCCAGGAGGCACUCUGACGGGCUAGGGGGCCCUUGGAGGGUACACAGAAAUGCACUUUGUUCUAAUGUAUAACUAGGGAAUGAACAUGGUGAGCUGUGCCUGUCCUCUGCUCCAUUCUCAUUCUUUCAGGUUAGAUUUGAUUUUACAUUGUACCUCAUAUCCCACCACACUGUCACUUCCUCCUGCUUUAUCCUCUUAAAGCUGUUUUUGUGUGCACGUGUGAAGGGAGCCUAGCCAAUCCAUGAGAGUAUCAUUCCACGCAGGGAACAUUUCACCUUCUGCUGUUUUUUAAUCAACUCCAACCCCAGGACCAAAGCACUGAGCGUUCAACUAGUUAAGCAGGCCUACACUACAGUCACUAAAUCACUACAGUCCCCCGCCAGCCCCUAUUUCUCUUCUAUUUCCCCUCUCCCAGCCCCACAAUAAUGUGGUCUGUCUACCAAAAGCGGUGCAUGAAACAGGUUGAGUUGCUCAGAUACAGCCAGUUUUCUAGGAAUGAAGGCAGGCCUGUUCCUUGGCGCCCAGGCUAGAUGAGGGAACAGUUCACUUGGGUUGGGGCCCAGGCUAGAUGAGGGAACAGUGUGUCUCUCUCCCCCCCCCCCCAAACUUGGAAUAAAUGGCUAAUUUGAGAACUCUGAUUAGUUUGGUCAAUAUGAAAUAAGGGUAACAGUGUCCUAUUAGAGAUGUCUUGCUUUUUGUAGUUUCUGGCAUAGGGCUUGUCCUCUUUCCAUGUGUGUAAAGAAGUCCUGAAUGUUGUGAAUGCAAAUGUGAAUACUGGUUCUCCUUGCUGGGGGAGAACCAGCAUGGCUUCUGCAAGGGCAAGUCUUGCCUCACUAACCUUUUGGAGUUCUUUGAGAGUGUCCGCAGGCAGGUGGAUAAAGGUGUUCUGGUCGACGUAGGAUACUUGGACUUGCAAAAAGCUUUUGACAAAGUUUCCCACUAAAGGCUCUUGAGUAAACUUAGCAGUCAUGGGAUAAGGGGACAGGUUCAUGUGUGGAUUGAAGGACAGCAAACAGAGGGUAGGAAUAAAUGGACAGUUUUCACAAUGGAGGGAAGUAAGAAGUGGGGUCCCUCAGAUUUGUACAGGAGAACUUCGUUAAUCACGGGUCCAGCACCCAUAGUUUCGUGUACCUGCGGUAAUGGACACCUGACCUCGGUAUACACUGGAAAAAAACCUGGCAGAGAAAAGGUUAAACCUGCAUAUCCUCAGGUUGGGGGGUGGCUGGAAAUGACCUUGGAGGUCAUUUUCACCCACCAUUUUGAGUUCAGGAGCCAUUUUAUGGCUCAUUUAAACAAAAAACGGCGGUGGGGGGGAUUGGCAAUUUUGUUUUGUUUUAACUCUUGUGGGCAUCGCUGGACUCCCUUGAGGGCAGUGGAGCAUGGUAAGUAAAGUUGUGCCAUCAAGUCAACUCCUGACAACCACAGAGCCAUGUGGUUUUCUUUGAUAGAUUACAGGAGGGGUUUACCAUUGCCAUCUCCCGCUCAGUAUGAGAUGAUGCCUUUCCGCAUCUUCCUAUAUCGCUGCUGCCCGACAUAGUCUGGGAAACAUACCAGCUGGGAUUCAACCAGCAACCUCUUGCUCCCUAGGCAAGUUACUUCCCCACGGUAGGGCACUUUAUUUGGCCUGUUCUGGGGGUGAUUUUUGGAGGUGUGGAAACCCAGUGCCUCAAUUUACAUUGUAUUUAAUGCCCUGUUAAUUGUGGAUUUUCUAACUGUGUGCCCCCCCUCACGAAACGCAACCCCUGCAGAUAAUGGGGUUGUACUAGUCUGGGACCAGUGUGCUUUCAGUUGUUUGUGAAUGGUCUAGAAGUUGAGGUAACCAGUGAAGUGGCCAAAUUUGCAGAUGAUACCAAGCUAUUUAGGGUAGUGAAAUCCAAAACAGAUUGUGAGGAACUCCAAAAAGUUCUCUCCAAACUGGUUGAGUGGGUGACAAAAUGACAAAUGUGGUUCAGUGUAAGCAAGUGUAAAGUGAGGCAUAUUGGAACAAAACCCUCCAACUUCACUAAUACACUGAUGGAGUCUGAGUUGUCAGUGACUAACCAGGAGAGAGAUUUUGCGGCAGCUGUGAAAAAGCAAAUUCCAUGCUAGGGAUCAUUAGGAAGGGGAUUAAAAAUAAAAAUGGUAAUAUUAUGAUGCUCUUAUGAAUAUCUGUGGUGUGGCCACAUUUGGAGUACUGUGUACAGUUCUGGUCACCGUAUCUUAAGAAGGACAUUGUAGAACUGGAAAAGAUGCAGGAGUGGACAACCAAGAUGAUCAGGGUCCUGGAGCACCUUCCUUAUGAGGCAAGGUUGCUGUGUCUGGGGUUUUUUAGUUUGGAAAAGAGGCGACUAUGAGGAGAAAUGUUAGAGGUGUAUAAAAUUAUGCAUGGAGUAGAGAGAGUGGACAGAGAAAUUUUUCUCCCUCUCUCACAACACUAGAACCAGAGGUCAUCCUAUGAACCUGAAGGUCAGGAAAUUUAGGACUGACAAAAGGAAGCACCUUUUCACACCGCGCAUAAUUAAUCUCUGGAAUUCUCUGCCACGGAAUGUGGUGAUGGCCACUAGCUUGGAUGGCUUUAAAAGGGACUUAAACAAAUUCAUGGAGGACAGGUCUAUCAGUGGCUACUAGUCUGGUGGCUAUAGGCCACCUCCAGCCUCAAAGUCACAAUGCCUCUGAAUACCAGUUGCAGGGGAGCAACCGCAGGGAAGAGAGGUCAUGCUCUCACCUCUUGCCUGUGGGCUUCUCAGAGGCUUCUGGUGGUCCACUGUGUGAAAUAGGAUGCUGGACUGGAUAGGCCUUGGGACAACCCAGCAGGGCUGUUCAAGCCCAAGUUCUUAUGUUCAAACGGAAUAAGUCAGGGAAACUUGCAGAAUUUGUUCGAUUUGCACUCUUCUCCUGAAACUGGCGCAAUGGCAGCCACAUGUAAUUCUAGAUCCAUUGCUUUGAGCUCCUUGUUAGCUUUCAUUUUUUCAGCUACACAUUAGCUACACUACUUGAUCUGUGUGCCUAGUACCUGUAUUUCAGCUGCUGUGCAAGGAGCCUCAUUAGCCUAAUUGACCGCCCUCUCAGGCUCCAGAAUCCUCUCUGCUGUCUCAUCUAGAAGUGGUGACUCUUGAGCAGUUUAUUGUACUCAUGGCAACCUUUCUUACAUUCCUUGGCGGCUUCUAAACUUGGGAGAAACUAUCAGGACUGCACAAACUUUGGCCCUCCAGCGGUUGUUGGACUACAAUUCCAUCAAGGAUGAUGGGAUUUUCAGUCCAGAACAGCCGGAAGUUUGAAGUUGUGCAGCCCUGCUCUACCUGAUUGCUUAUUUAAAAAGAGGAACCCUUUUUUCCAUUUCCGCAACAGCUGUAAGUGACGUUUAUUGGGAACAAGGGUGGAGAAGAACAACGAACUACACAAUCCAUUAAACUGGUUGCCAUGUACUAAUUAGGGAACAACCCCCCUUGCUUUAUUGUGGAUCAUGUUUCAAUUUGCUCAGGUUCAUUUCAGCUGUUCAGGCCCCAGCUCUCCUGUCUUCGAAACUCAAGAAAGACAUGCAGACCUAGCAGAAGCCUGGCUUUAGGGUGUGCACAAGUUUAGAGCACUGGACUGAGUUCCUUAUGCUGCUCCUGAUCUAAUAGUAAUCAUUGCUUAAUCGGCUGCCCUUGUUCACAGCCUGAUGACAGAAUUUCAGAAUCAUGGGAGUUCUACAAAAAGGGGAGAGACCCUCAUGGCUUCCUUGCCCACCUUCUUUGUACCCUAGCUUUGUGAAACCCGAUUCCCUCCCCACCCCUUGUUUCCAGCCCUUGAGUACUACCUGUGUUGAUUGAAGGCUGCAAAUCUAAGCACACUUUAAAGGCCUCUGAAACAAGUAGGAUGCCAGGGUAAACAUGAUUAGGAUUAAACUCGAAGCUUAGCUUUCCCCCUCAGCAUAUGUACAUUCCUCCUCUUCCUUGUUCAAAUCUUUGUACACUGUAUUGCUGUGUCUGUUUACCCACCAUACUCCUAUUGCAUUUUUCUCCCCCUGAACUUGACUAUUUUUUGUUUCGCAUUCCCUGGGACCUAACUUCAUAGAUGCACCAGAACAGGGGUUCCCAACGGCAGUCACUCUCAUCAUCCCCAGCCAAAGGUCGCCGUGGCUGGGGCUGAUGGGAGCUCUAUUCCAACAAGGGGACCCAUCACAGAGGAUUGCCGGCCCUCUCUUCACCAGUUCAGCAACCUUUUCCAGCCUUUGGGAAACUAUGCAGUUAACAUCUGCUAGGAUUUGCCAGUUUACAGUGGUGGCUGGGCUGUAGUGUUCUCCUUGACCUGAGAAUUCCUGUUUGGGAAGGAGAACAUUUGCUCACCCUGUGUAGUGCAACUUGGCUGGUGGCUGGCAACUAAAAGCGCCCCUUCUAGGCCAUAAUCCUAGUUCUCCACUGUCUGCUGCCAAAAUAUUUUCAAUACCUGUCUUAGAAGAUGCUCUCUCUAACUGCUUGUUGUGAUGUUAAGGCCUUCAUGUGAGGCCAGCGAAACCUCUUAGCACUCUUAGUAAGCCAAGGCAACAGGUGGAGAAGAGGGACUAUGGGCGGGGGGAGUUCUGCUUGACCUUCAGUGUGUAUUUUCUAGUUCAGUGGUAGAAUUGAAGAGCUACCAGAACUGGACAGCAUGCACAUUCAGCUGCUGGUCUUCAAGUUUGGUUGAGCUGCUGGGGGGAAGAAAUGAACUUAGAGCUUUUCUACUGUGAAGUGCAAUUCAAUCUAUUGAUUGGCUCCCCCAGGCUGGGCUCUGCAGAGGAGAAAUGGAGGAAAACCUCUCCCCUUUCCAUAUGUACGCAACACAGCACUUCUCUGCCUGUUACAGUUUUGCACUGGUGGAGCAGGGCUGUAAUUGAGCAUCAUGUGCUGUAUCGCUUAGAUGUAAAUAUAGCCUCUGUCUAAUCUUUGUUUGGGGUCAGGGAACUUGUGUUUGGUACAACAUUAAAGUUUAGUUUGCUGCCAAUUCAUUCCAGUGUCCUAUAUAUCUAACAAGUGGGGGAAAGCUGUGCAAGAAAUGGGGUGAAUGAGUUAAACCACCUCAAGCCAAAAUGAGCACCUCAAGCCCAGAGCUUCAGGUCACAAUCUACCUUAAUCCAGCUCUACUUCAUUUCCCUUGCGUUUUGUCUCCAUGUCUGCUUGUACCCUCCCCACCUUUUACACGGACAGGGUUGGAGCUGCCUCUUUCACUUCUUACAUAGCCCCUCUCCAGAGGGAAAAGCAAAACUAAGUGAUGCAUUCACUCCUUGGACACAAGUAUUAAGCUGCUUUACAGUUCAUAUGUACAUAUGGUGUACUUUAUUUUCAGUAGAGUAUUACAUAGUAUGACAGUGUUGGAUUUUGUACAGAUGUCCCUGUAUGUACAGAACUAAAUAAAAUGGAUCUCUUGAAAAGAUGA